AUGCAACAAUUUUAUCGUUUCCUUCUCUUGUUAUCUCUUCUUUUUCAUUCUCUGAUUAUCUCUGACGCCGUGAGAGUUUCGGACGUCGGAGGAUGGACACCCAUAAAGAAUCUCAAUGACCCGCAUGUGACCAAAAUCGCAGAAUUCGCCGUCAAUGAGUACAACAAGCAGUCCAAGGCAAGCUUAAAGUUGGUGGCGGUGGUGAGCGGUGAUUCCCAACUGGCUUCGGGAAUGACUUACCGGCUACUUUUGAAGGCAAACGAUGGAACCAUGACCAAUGAAUAUCGAGCCGUCGUGUGGGAGCAAGUACAACAGGAUUUCAAGAAGCUUAUCGUCUUUAUACCUAUUUAG